UCCUUGUAAAAAUUCGAUGUUUAUUUUCUUAAAAACAAUAAUUAAAAACUUAAAUGGCACGAAUAUUACUAAAAAAAUAUUGAAAAGCAGAGUUUGCCUUCUUUUAUUAUAAAUGAAUAUCAUUUGAAAGGUUAUGACAAUAAUCGAUUCGGGUGAUUAUCUUCAAAACGAUGAAUGAAAGUAAAAAUGAUGCAGAUAAUAAUGAUGGCCAUGAACAGGAACGUCUACAAAAGAAAUUGGCUCACGCGGAAGAACGUUUGGCAAGAUCAGAACGUUAUAAUGAAGAACUUCGUACUGAAUUGCGAUUGAUGACAGAAAAAUUUCUGCUAUCCAAACAAUUGGAUCAACAACAAUUAUCCAGCGAAGCAAAGUCAGAAUCUCGAUCGGAAACGAACCGGAUUAUUAAAAAAGAAGAAUUAGAGGAGAUUAAAGCAUUAUCGGCAGAAUUCUCCGAUUAUUACUUUGAUUCAAAAUCGAACACUUAUUUUAGUCGUUCAACUGGAUGGUAUUACUAUCCGGAAAGUGAAGCGUUCUACAAUCCUGAGGAUAAACGCUACUACAAAUAUGAUCAAUUGAAAAAAGAAUACAUUUUUAUGUGUAAUUUAGAUGGUACAACGACCAUCACUUCGGAUGAAAAGAAAAAAGAAAAAUUUAUUUCUUCUAAUGAAGAUUUAGAAAUGGAAGAUGGAGAAAUAAAUGAUGAUGAUGAUUGUAUCGAUAUAAGUUCUGAUUCCGAUGAGAACAAUACUCAAUCUAAACAUGUACCAAUCAAAUCCAAGCGAAAAUCAUGUCGUGAUAAAAACGAUCAUAAAUCAAACUUUUCGUUAUCAUCACUUCCCAAACGUUUCAAUAAUACGGCACCAUGUCGUUUGGUUGUCAAACAUUCUGAAUCGCUGGAAAAUGGAUCAAUUCUUUUAAUCAGUUGUAUGGGAGGCAAAAUUGGUCAACAUUCCAAUUGUACAGUCACAAUACCGGACAUGACCAUUUCACAGAUUCAUGCUGAAAUAAAUUAUGAUCUUUCACGACGGAUCUAUAUGAUUCAAGAUUUACUAUCAAAAAAUGGUACGUUUGUUAAUGGAAAACGGUUGGGACAACUCGAAAGAACUCCCUUGUCGCAUGGUGAUGAAAUCGGUUUGGCCGAUUGCUGUCUGCUUGUUGCCCAUAUACAUUCGAAUCGGGAUGUUGAUUGUGAAGAAUGUGAUGGCAGUGUUAAUCUACAACAACAGAAACCGGAUACUGGAAUCUAUGCCAAUUAUCAAGCCAAAUCUUCUCGAUCUUCAAUGAAAAGCUUAAAAAGGAAAUAUGGUCUGGAAAAUGGUAUGGCUGAGAAAAGCGUCAAUGGCCAAGAUGGACAAUCACAGUACCGCGAUCGUACCGGCGAACGACAGCGUAAUGUUGGAAGUGAUUGUCCGUACGAAAAGACUGCAGCGGGCUCAGCAUUGGAUCUACCAUUGAAUGAUAGGAACAAAGGAUAUCAAAUGCUUGAACGAAUGGGUUGGAAAUCGGGCCAAACAUUGGGUAAAUCGAACGAUAGCUCAAAACAAUUAAUCGAACCAAUUGAAAUGGCCGAUGAUCAUCACACAACUACACGUCGUGGUCUCGGUUAUGGAUAAUGUUUAUAAAUUUUUAUUUAUAUUUA